UUAAUAAUGUGAUUUUUUAUGUGGUGAAGUUUUGGUUGUGCCUUUAGUUUUAGGAUAUAUGAAAAUUAGUAUCUCAUGUCGAAUAUACAUAAAUAAAAGUGGCUAAUUUGCUGUGUGACUGAUUCGGUGCAUGUGAAACUGGAGCGCUGGAGACCGCCGUUUAGUCUUGAUUCAACUGUUCUUGAAAAUGUAUUUAGAGUUAAAUUAUCGCCGAAAAACAAGUGAAGUUUACAGUGCACUAUUUUCUCUACAUUUGCCUUGUGCAUUUAAUUGUUUGCCCAGAGUCCCAAGAAGAAAAUGUCCAAAAAGGAGCGAGCUCGGUUGGAGGCUGAGCAGGCCGAACAUCAACGUAUGGAGCUGGAACGGGAGCGACAGCGGAGAGUCGAGGAGGAGAAAAUGCGCAAAGUACGUGAGAAGGAGGAAGCCGAACGGAAACAGGUUCAGGAAAUUGUGGCAAACAAGCUGCGGAAGGUCCAGCUAGAGGACAGCUACAACUAUUUCGCACUAAUUAAAGACGAAGCGAGGCACUUGCUGGCCAACAGAAAGAAGGAUCGUGAAUGGCAACAGUACAUGCGGUGCAACGGCUUACCGAAUGCGUUUGAUCCUGCGGAUUUGAGGAAAUAUUUGCACAUCUGGUGCCAUGGCAUCCGACUAUAUAACGAACGUGAGCAGAACUGGCUUCUGUGUGCCAACGAGCAGAGCAUAUUGACACAAGACGUUAACGUUGCCAACAUGUCGCGCGAGAGCCUGAAGCAUCAACAGCCGGAAAUAGGAAACGUGUACGCGACGAAAACGAAGGAAGUGCUGGGAAUAUUAGAAGAGAUAGAUGAUGCUCUGCACGACACCGAUAUGACACAAUCGAUGAUUGAUGACUUACACGAGAUGAAAACCGAAUUUCGGCACGUGCUGGGCGCUUACAUCGAUGAGCUCGCGUACAAAACGCUGAGCAACAUUGAUCGCGACAUGGAGCACACUGGACUGCUGGAGGUAACCCACAAAUUCGAAUCGGACGUGUUCAAAACACAGCUUUAUGGUCUCCGGGAUAUGCCUACGCCCCAGCUCAAUCCCAAAGAGCGGGCCAAAGAGGAUAGCAAGCACACCGAUAUUGAUUUGCCUCUGCUCGGAUUUCAUUUGGUGUUGCCAGCUGCCGUUAAGUGCCAUCACUCAGCAAUAAGAGGUUUAUGGUUAAGUUAUGACCAUUUCAGUGACUAUUGUCCUAGCUACGACAUGCCCUACAGGCAGGACUAUCGGGCCGAUCUGCGGAUUAUCAGCCGAAUCGAGUGGAAGAAGAGGAAGGAAAUUUUAAAGGCUGUUUACGAGGAACCGCGCGAAAAACGACCCGAUGAUUCGGAGGAGGACGAGCGAGCAUCGCACGAUAUUGAUAUAGAUAAAAUUUACACAGAACACGCGGAUGAACUGAUGAAAAAGGAGCGAGCCAAAAAAGGGACGAAAGCGUUGACUCUGUUCGAACACGACGUGAAUAUGAGAAGCCACCGUAUAAUUGCUGGUGUUUAUUGCAUCGAUUAUCUGGAGCAACCGAUGCAGGAGGUGAAGAUAGGGAAGAAAUCGCUUUUAAGAACUGUGCCUCAACCGGGGCAAUUAACGAGAAAGAAAUUCUAUCAACCAUACAGACCUCCGCCAACCCCACAACCUGGGGUUCGCCGAUUGCCCGAGGAAAUUGAAGCGGAAAUCAAACAAAUGGAGGAAAACCUCGACAAACUGGCAUUGAUCACGUUAGAGUUGCCCGAGAAUGUGUUCUGGUUCGAACCACCAAUUGUGUGCAGAUGGGAAAGCAAAGAGGAGACGCUCGAAUCCGACCCAGGUUUUGCAAAGUACUUGGACAAACACCAACAGAUGGUGCAGGCGGCAAAGCAACGCAAGACGAAAUCAUUGCGAGACAGAAAAACAAAAUACAUCGAAGAUUUCAAUAUUCUCGACAUACCGUCGCACAUUCACCUCAGCUCGAUUGUUGUUGAUUUUAUAAUCCCUAAACUGCCGGAGAGUUACACGGUGAAAAUAAUUCCACAGGAUGAGAAAAAGAAGGGCAAUAUCUCGCUCGGCGGUAGGAAAUCCCGGGAAAAGAAAAGAAAAACAACAAAAUCACCCUCCAGCACCGGACUGACGAAUAUCGUUUAUGAGACGAAAAUCCCAACCUAUCUUUUCCCGCCGGGAUGUGACGGCAAAAUUCUCAAAAUAUGGAACCGACGGAAUAAACUUUGCUACCCAUCAGUCACGGAAGAAAGUGACGACCAGGGCGAUUACGACGAUUCCGAUAACGACGCUCAGUCGAAUAGUAAAGCCAGAAAGAAGCAAUAUUUGUUCUCAAAGUUUAUGAAGGAUUUAGAUGAUCUAAUCGAUGCUAAAACGCCAAAGUUUGAGUAUAAAAUUGAGGAAAUUACCACGACGGUGGCGAAAGCGGACCAGGGACGACAAAGUAUACUGAUAGUGAAAUCGGACGAACGAACGCGUGAGCGUGACCGCAAAAAGGUGCACAAAAGCAAGUUCGAUUCCGAUGACGAGGAGGUGGACUAUGGUGACAUUCUGGAGGUGGGCAAUUACGCAAUGAUGGACAAGGAGAAGGAAUACGUGGGCAAGUGGACGACCCGAGAUAUCCAUGAUGUAAAAUUCAACGAGGACAGGUUAACCAUUCAGUUUCGAAUCGGGCGGCUGGGAGCGUUCGGUUUUGCUGCUAACCGAUACAGCAAUCUACCAUAUCAAUCGUGGGAACUGAAACCUGACAUCAAGAACUCGGGCAAUAUAACAUUUUCCCUCACUGCAGCUGUUAUCAGUACCGAGAUCACAAUAACGGAGGCUGGAUUUCGAGUGAAUGCACUGCAGGGUGGCCCAACCACGGCCAUGCAGGAGAUUAUCGGCCAGGUAUUGCCUUUGCGGAAGAUGAUGCAAAUGUUGCGACUUGCGGCCGUCGAUUUGUUUCCCGAGGAUGACGCUUUCAAUUAUUCAGAGGGAUCGUGUGAGAAGAAUCCCAUUAUGGAGUCUCAUCUCUAUGAUUGCAUGGGUCUCUUAGCGUUGUCGCAUAAUUUUUCGUGGUCCAGAUGGAAUCUGCUGUCCGGGUGUCGGAUGUGUGUUUUAUUAAUGAGGGAAAUCAUCGAACACCGCCGGAUUCCCAACCAUUCCACGCUGCUGGUGACUCCAUUGAAAGCAACAAUCGUGGACUCGAUAGAGGUUUCGCCCGUUUUCAACACCACCCCCGUGGAUGGAAUGGAGCAUUAUGCUGAUCUCUACCAUCUGGGGAAGGACCAUUCGCAGCCGUCGUCGAGAAUCAAGCAGGAAAACAUGAGUCCCAUUCUGAGGGACAACAUCGUGCAGUUGUUGAAGGCGGUUCGUCCUUUGAGCUUUUCCUAACGUGAAACG